CUGCCUCCUUCCUACUUUCUCCCCCCUUCUGUCUCUCUCUCUCUUUCUCUCGUUCUCUGCCGCCUUGUUGGACUCCAGCUCUCUCCAACACUGCACGUAAGACAGAAUCGCAACACAACCGGAGAUCAGAGCUUUUUGAAGCUGCGUUUUCCCAUCUCAGAGAGGGAAAUCCACCCAAGCAGCCACCAUGGAGGCCAUCAAGAAGAAGAUGCAGAUGCUGAAGCUGGACAAGGAGAACGCCAUAGACCGGGCCGAGCAGGCAGAGACGGACAAGAAGGCAGCAGAGGAAAAGUGCAAGCAGCUGGAGGAUGAGCUGAUGGACCUCCAGAAGAAGAUGAAGCAGACAGAGGACGAACUGGACAAAUUCUCAGAGGGCCUGAAAGAUGCUCAGGAGAAACUGGAACUGUCUGAGAAGACAGCGGCAGACCUUUUCCGGACGCGAGGGGGCAAAUCAGACAGAGGGAGGCUCAAUCAACAGAUGCAGAUUGAUCGAGAGGGAUUUUCUUCUUCACCGUGA